AUGGCUAUCACAAUCCUUCCUCCGGUCGUCGACGACGAACCAUACGCCUCUUCCGAAGAAAACGAUGAUUUCCACAAUGCUGACUCUGAUAUUGAAAUGGAUGACGCUACGUCCCGUCCGUCUAAGCGACCCCGCCUUUCCAAAAACACAAUCGUCACUCCAGGAGAAGUAGUCACAGACGACCCGCAGUGGAUGAGAGGCCACGGCACAUUCACACCAGCACCACCCGGCUUCUCCUCGACAGCUCAAUCCUCUCUCUCAAGCACCAUCAUCGCCACCGUCGCGGGAACCGUCCUCAAAACCAACAAGCUCCUCUCCGUUUACCCCCUCCGCGCCCGCUACAACCCAGAAAUCGGUGACCUCGUAGUCGGUCGCAUCGUCGAAGUCCAAUCCCGCCGAUGGAAAGUCGACGUUGCCGCACCUCUCCUAGCCAACCUGCCCCUCUCCGCGAUCAACCUGCCUGGCGGUAUUCUUCGCAAACGCACCACGGCAGAUGAACUACAGAUCCGAUCCUUUUUCAACGAGGGCGAUCUCGUCGUUGCAGAAGUGCAGAGCGUACACCAGGAUGGUUCUGCGUCACUGCAUACCCGGUCCUUGAAAUACGGAAAGCUACGGAAUGGUAUAUUCCUUGCUGUGGCAGGCAUGGGUGGUGCGGGUGUUGCGCGUGGUACGGGCGUGGUGCGCAGUCGGCGGCAGGUAUGGACCGUUCCUGGCGCUAAUGGCGGGUCGGAUAUCGAAGUUAUUCUGGGUGUCAAUGGAUAUAUAUGGAUCUCGAAACGCGCCGAUGUUGCAGCGGAGGAUAGUGGGAUGGGAAUGUCGAUCACACGGCUGGAAGAUAUGGUUUCGGGCACAAUGUAUUCGAGUCAAAAUGAUGAGAUCUCUCUCGCGACGAGGAGGGAGAUUGCGAGGUUGGCGGGGUGUAUAAGGGUUUUGGUGCAGGGUGGGAUCAAGGUCGAUGAAGAUACGGUAAUGAAGGCGUACGCGACGAGUUUAGAAUUAGAAUUGGAGGCGGGGAUUGAGGAUGAGGAUGAGGACGAGAUACACCGGAUUAAGAGAGAGGGGAGGGACUAUCUAGGCGGGGAGAGGGCGAAGAGAGUCUUGGAAGCUGUACUACAGCAGUGA